UGAGGUAUCUCAAUAUAGAGGUUUUGGUGGACGGAGAUCCAGGUUGUUCAAGUGGGAUUCUUCGUUUGGCUUCUCUAUUGGAACUAACUCCCUCUCUUGAUGUUCAAUCUGCAUGUGUUGUUUAAUUCUAGCCUGCGAUACAAUGGUGGUGGUGAUGCCACGAAGACUUCAGGCCACAAACUUAGACAUCUCAAGAGGGUAUACAUGUCAGGAUUUGCUGAUCUCCGGGGCCAGUUGGAGCUUGCGUGGUAUAUCCUCCAGCAUGCCACCGUCCUCGAGCGCAUGGUCAUUGAUCCUAGUGUGAAGACUCGCUUCGGCUCGCACCGUGCAGUUGAGGGUGGGCUGUUCCAGGAUCUCCUGGCAAUAUACUUGCUUCUACCCAAAUUUCCAGAGGUCCUGACUGUUUUGAGGGCACCACCGCCAGGGUAUCGGUGACCUGGACGGCCAUUCUUCCAGCUGGGCUGGUUUAU